AUGCCAAGUGACGGAGUCCUCAAGCGGCAGAAGAAGAAGUCAAUUGCAUGCCGACGAUGCCAUACCCACAAGAUCAAAUGCUCUGGUGGACAGCCGUGCAAUAAGUGUCGGCAAGCUGGUUGUCCUGUCGAGUGUGUCUAUGUGAAUCGAGAUCGUCAGAUUAAGGUGCAUGAAAGCUACCUGGAUGAGCUUGCUGCUGAGAAUGAACGCCUCCGUGAACAGUUAUCUCGCUCACCAGGUUUUGGAAGUCCGGAUGGUAAUGUCCGCUCCGAAGAUACUCCAUUUCAUGAGCCAGAUACGCAUGUACAGAAUCCCAUGCUGGGUGAACGAGCCUGGUUCCAGCCAUAUGAUCCAUCAACGCCACCAGUACACAUCGGCGAAGCAGCCUGUACAGCCUUCGCCACACGGCUGCGCCAAGUGCUCUCCAAAAGCAAGACGACAUCUCACAUGCCACGCACACAGUACACGCCCGAGUCGACCUUAAUGAAGAUCCGAAAUUCAGAAAUUCAAUGGCCAGGUCUUGCCCAGGCUCGUCUGCUCAUUCAAAUCGUGUUUAAUCAAGUUAGCCGGGUGUAUCAUCUAGUCCUGCGCAAGUCGACGAUCGAUGAACUCGAGGAGACUUAUCGGAAAGCGGACUUUGAUAACCCCGUGCUAACGUGCAAGUUCUUUGCGUUGUUUGCGCUCGGAGAGGUAUACUCGACUCGGUCGAAUGUUACGCUUGAAUGUGGUGUUCCUGGUGCAGCGUAUUAUGUUCAUGCUAUGAUGCUGAUUCCUAUUUUGCCGGAGCGGCCGAGCUUGACUCACAUUGAAUCAAUAUUGUUGUUGUCACUCUAUUCAUAUUUUCUUAACCGGCGCCAUUCUGCCUUUCUCCUCGUCGGCAGUGCCAUGCGUCUCGGUCUCACUUUAGGACUGAACUAUGACAUCCCCGAAUGUCAAUGUCCUGAUCCUGUAGAUCGCCAACAUCGGAUUCGACUGUGGUGGGCGAUCUACGUAUUCGACCGAAUGUACGGGUCCAAGGUGGGCUGGCCCAUCCAAAUCACCGACGACGAUAUUCAUGUGGAAAUGCCCUCCACUGUUCCCGGAGAUGUCCACGACGAGCAAUUCUCCGAUACACAAUUCCUGGUUGCUUCUAUUCAUCUGGCGCGCAUUACAGGGCAGGUGAUCGAGAAGGUUUACAGUCGCAAGAAACAGCCCGACUCGUUUCUGCAACGAGAACAGAAGCUGCUUAUCUCACUGAAGCAAUGGGCGCAGGCGUUGCCCCCGCAUGUUCGGUUGAAUCGCGAUGGGGCUGGUCCCAAGAACGUGGUAUCCCUGCAUUUGCAAUUUAACCAGUGUAUCAUCCUGGCCACUCGACCUAUCCUACUAUACACACUCAUCCAAUCUCGCGAUGCAGACCAUACCGACCAAAAUACCACGCAGACGCACAUCCAAACCCUCAAAACGCUCAGCGACGCAUGCAUCCACGCUGCAAGGCACAAUCACUCACUGAUCGUGGCAGAAUGGACCAACGGCUCCCUCCCAAUCAUGGGCUAUUUCUACGCCCACUAUCUCUUCUCCGCCGCACUGAUCAUGGUCCUAUCCAGUCAAAUCCAAUCAGACAAUCAUGCCGACUACGCCUUAUUCGAAACCGCGUUCGAAAUUCUCCGUGCAAUGCGCGACCACGGUAACCUCGCCGCGACCGAAUUCUACGAUAAUCUAAAAUGCGUUCAGCAAUGUCUCGACAAGACUCAGCCUACUAACGUCAAUCCGAGCGCAAAACGGGGCUCAACCGCGCGACAGUCUAUGACUGGCGAGUCAAGUCGCGUUCCGGAUCAGCACCCAACCGAUGAUGCGCUGCCUGUUCUCCCCGACCAGGCUGCUGCCCGACGAACGAAUGAAGUGGGUCUAUCCGGCGGAUCGGCGCUGCCUGACACGAGCGGUGGUGGUACAUUUGGCAAUGAGAUGGUGUUUUUGGAUGAGAGUAUGGAACAGUUUUUGGCACAGGCGGAUGUUGAUUUUGGGCCGUUGGAUCCGUCUGGAGUGCCGAUCAGCGUGGCGGAUGCGGUGUACUCGUGGCCGAAUUUCUCGCUGUGGACGGCAUGA